GAGUUUUAACCGAUCGAAGCAACAGCGCAUAAAAGUGUUAGCUCGAUCACCUGCUUAAUUUGCACCAAAUUAAGGUUGCUUCUGCUGAGCUGAUUUGCUCAUGGCUGGGAGCAUCUCCUCCAUGCUGCUGCUCCUGCUCAACAUGGCGGGCGCGCUGCUCACCCCGCGCGCUCCUCACAGCCUGCCGGUACCGGCCGCCGACGAUGAAGGCGUCGAUUUCUUCUUCUUCCCCUUCCUGGUGCUCUACAAGAGCGGCCGCGUGGAGCGGUUCAUGGGCACGGACACCGUGCCGGCCUCGGUGGACCCGGCUACCGGCGUGGCCUCCAAGGACGUGGCCAUCGACGCCGCCGCGGGGCUCGCCGUCCGCCUCUACCUGCCCAACAGCACGGCGGAGAGGCUGCCGCUGGUCGUGUUCUACCACGGCGGCGCGUUCGUCACGGAGUCGGCCUUCUCGCCGACGUACCAGCGGUACCUCAACGCGCUCGCGUCUAGGGCCGGGGCGCUCGCCGUGUCGGUGGACUACCACCUCUCGCCGGAGCGCCCACUCCCGACUGCCUACGACGACGCGUGGACGGCUCUCCGGUGGGCGCUUAGGAACGCGCAGUCCGAGCCCGGGGCUGAAGCGGAGCCCUGGCUGUCGCGCCGCGCUGACUUGACGCGGCUGUUCCUGGUCGGCGACAGCGCGGGCGGCAACAUCGCGCACAACGUGGCCAUGCGCGCCGGGCGGGAGGGCCUGGACGGCGGCGCGGCCAUCCAGGGCGUAGCGCUGCUGGACCCAUACUUCUGGGGGAAGCGCCCGGUGCCGUCGGAGACGCGGGACCCGGCGGAGCGGCGGUGGCGGGAUAGCACGUGGAGCUUCGUCUGCGCGGGGAGGUACGGGGUGGACGACCCGGUGAUCAACCCGGUGGCCAUGGCGAGCGACGAGUGGCGGCGGCUCGGGUGCGCGCGCGUGCUGGUGACCGUGGCGGGGCUGGACGUGCUGGCCGCUCGGGGCCGCGCGUACGUCGCCGCGCUCGGGGCCAGCGGGUGGGGCGGCGAUGUGCGGCUGUACGAGACGCCCGGCGAGAGCCACGUCUACUUUCUCUUGCAGCCCGACGGCGAGAAGGCGGCCAAGGAGAUGGACGCGGUGGUGGCCUUCAUUAACGGUAACCGGCCACUUGAGAGUUCAGAAUCAGAGGUCUCGGCAAUUUCGUAGGAACACCCACAAAAGAACCGGAAUGGGAUUCCACUUUGUAUACGGCCAUAUAGAUAUCGCAAAAAGAUACUAGUAGAAUUAAGUAAUAUCCAUAUCGGUUUGUAAGGGUUAC